GUGCACUUAACUUCUGCAUGAGUUUUCUACUUCGAUUUAACGUUCUAUCAUGCCACAAGGCAUUUCCAGCCAUGGAACGAAGAUACUCACACCAUCUCACGCUGUCUCCCAAGUCUUUUAGCAUCGAAGACAGGAAUUACAUAGCCCGGCCCACCGAACAUGUUCUCUCGGGAAACGUUCUCAAAUCCAACUCUUUCGCAACUGUGUUGGCCGUGCGACCCGGUGAUACUGUCAACGCUGGAACGUUGCGAAAACAAUUCGCGCACUUCACGAAAAUUGACGACGUUUUCCACCCAAGAUUUCUUGAAGGUAUCAUUUUUCAAGGUGCAGAACAAUCCCAAGUCACAAUCGAUGUCACACCUUCUGAGAUUUUGAAAGAGUGGGGCAUCGAGUGGGCGGAAUUUCAACCUACAUUGACAGUUCUAGACCCGUCUGUGUUGCCGCCAGGACCGUACUUGAUACAGAAUGGACAGCUGUCCCAGGUGUGGAGAGUAUAUAGUGACGACAAUCUUGCAUUUCUUCAGUCAGUGUGGCCAUCCAUCAAAUCUCCAAGCGAAUUUGCGCAAGUUCCUUUUGCUGGAACUGGUCAUCGAACUUUAGGCAUCGCUGUCCCCUCCCGACUCCAGUCGUCAGUCACGGAACGCUGUCCUCUGGCUGGAGUUCGAGUUGGGAUCAAGGACCUCUACCACUUGAAAGGCAUCCGAACCUCGCUCUGUAAUCGAGCAUUCAAUGACUUGUACCCGCCACAACUCAUGACCUCUCCUACCAUACUUCAUUUGAUAUCAAAAGGUGUACAUGUCGUCGGAAAGAAUCAUCUGAGUUCAUUCGCUCUCCAAGAGCAUCCCACUCAAAGUGUAGAUUAUGAGUCGCCAUUCAAUCCACGAGCGGAUGGUUAUCAGAUACCUGGAGGGAGCAGUAGCGGAAGCGCUUCUGCGGUGGCAUCAUAUGAAUGGUUGGAUUUUGCCAUUGCUACAGAUGCCACCGGAAGCGUCCGAAUACCAGCUCUUCAGAACGGAUGUUUUGGUCUGAGGCCGUCAACAAAUACACUCUCUACUGAAGGAGUUGUCUCCGUCUAUCCAGGGUUUGACACACCAUCGCUACUAGGCCGUGACUUAAGCCGGUUUCACAAUUUUGCAUCUGUUUGGUAUGGAGAGAAGCAUAUGCCCAAAUCCAUCAGAUCACCCAAAUUACUGGUCCCCACUGACUUUCUCGUAAACAUCAACGCAAACCAACUGCAGCUUGUUGAGAGUUUCCUGAGAGAUCUCGAAAGAGGUUUAGACACAAUAGUCGAGCGAUGCUCCAUCGCAGAAGCCUGGACGGCAUCGGCACCAGUAGACGAACGAAACCUCAACAUCUAUCUUCAAAACGCGACGCUGCAUAGCUAUUACUACGAGGCUUUUCAUGCCUUUAACGAGUUCCAACAAUCGUAUAAAGGGACAUUUGGACGCAAACCCUUCAUCACUGAGACGAAUCGGUGGAUAUGGAGCUGGGGAGCAAACGUCACUCAGGCCCAACAUGACGAUAUGGAUGAACGACUCCGAAUUUUCAAAGAUUGGUUUCUGGAAAAGUACAUGAAGGUGAACGAGCAAGAUUCAGUCUUGAUAUUUCCAAUAUCGGAUGUGAGACCCAAUUAUAGAGACACUUAUCCUGGACUUAGCAAGGAGCCAAGUACCGGACUGCGAUCUACCUACCUGAGUCCAUACCUCGGAGCACCUGAACUUGGCAUUCCGAUCGGACACAUCAACUAUGAAUCACGGAUAUCUGGUAACAUCGAGUAUCUACCAGUAGCCAUCUCUUUGAUGGGCCCUCCCGGUAGUGAUUUGGCACUCAUCGAGCUAACCAUGAACGUCCUACAGGCCUCAAAUCGGCCCACGUCGGUACGUCCUGGAACGGCUAGAAUGUGGGAAUACGAUGUUCCAACAGUCUCUACACAUUUGUGAAGAUACACAGGACACGGCUCGGCUGCACUGAAUUUAUUACUCGCUAGAAUCCACAUCAUCCUGCUAAAAGUGAUCUACCAUAUGAUGCGCGUAUCGACAUCCCAGCUAUUAGAGAGUUUUCUAUCGUACUCGGCUGAACUGGCAGCAGGCUGAAACUCCAGAAACAAGGCAAAUAUGCAUUAUCCCUACGGCCGUAUCAGAACCAGGCUGUCCGCCACGUACAUCAAAU